AUGUUCAUCAAGGUUGCGCUUUUGGCGUUUUGCACUGUUCAAAGUGAGUUUGUAUUUGAAUUUUAAAUUCAAAACUAGUUGUUAUACUAAGAUAUAUAGUACAUACAUUAAUACACAGUAUAUAUACUUUAUUAGCAAAUUGAUAGUAUAUAAUAGCUGAAACUUCAACCUUGUUGUAGUACUUUUUAUACAACCUUAUUUUAGUUGAUGCUCAGUUAGCAGCCGUCUACUCAAAUGUUUCCAGAACCAACGAAUGCUCCAGUUGGAGCAGCUGGGGUCCAUGUAUAUGGCCUGAUCCGGUAAAUCGAGUAAGUUUGUUCAAUAGUUAUAAAAAGGUUUUGCUCUUUAAACUUUUUAAUUAUAAAAAACCGGACCUAACCCCAAUGGACGUAUUUUAACAUAAAACCUCAUUAAAAAUUUUAAAAAAUAAAAUCUUAAACUUAAAAAAAACUUAAAUUUUCCGGAUUUAAAUCCAUAAGACGUAUUUUACAUGCAAAAUUAUUAAAAACUAUAUUUUGAUAUAAAAUGUUAAUAACCUUUCAGAAGCCAUAUAUGGCCCAACUCACAUCAGUGUGCCGCAAUCAUUGGUUCUACAAGUUCAUUAGUAAAAGAUAUCAAAGUGCGUUGAACAGUUUCUUUGACUAUUUCCUAUCAAUCAUGAGAUCAACUAAACCAUGUGGAUUCUGUUCUUACAAACAAAGUUGUGGCUACGGAGGUAAACAGAAGUGCAACUUGUCGCCUUUUGAGUAAGUAUUAGCUUCGUGUCAUCACUCCUUCUCAUGAGGUAAAUAACUUCAUAGAGAAACAUCAAUUUUGCCGCUAUGAUUUCCAUUUUCGUCACUUACACGUCAAAUGUUACCUAAACAAUAUAAAUCUUACACAUUACCUUUAGAGUCCCUGGUGGUCGUGCUAUAAUGCCAUUCUUUGUGUCCGAAAAGGUUUGUAAUCGUCGUGAUCUGAAAGGCCAAGACCAAAGUGACGCAUGCAUUGUUGAUUAUGACCUGGUAAAGGAGAAUGGCGGAGAAUGUAAACUAUGGCCAUCUCGUCACGUUAGCCUUGAAGAAGUGGAAGCUCCUUUCAGAUCUCAAAUUGAAAACCUAAAGUGGUACUCAUGUCUUACACAGACCGUCAAGUAAGUUUGACCUUGUUUUUCAUCUUCUAAUUUAUUGGAAAACAUCGUUUUCUUUUUUUUAAUUCAAAAACAUCAAAUAAUGUAGACAAUACCUAAAAAACAAAAUUCCACAUGUUAAAACUAAUUUUUAAUAGCAUAAUACACAACAAAUCCUCAAAAAAUCACAAUAACUUACAUUAAAAUCAGUUUUGGUUGAUUAUUCCAUAAAGGUCUAUGUUAACAUACCUAAAAACAUCAAAAAACUAUAAAAACUUACAGUUUUAAUAUCCAACGAUGACGACCUUGUUUCAGAGACGAGAAAAAUGAAAAGUCAAAGCCAGAAAAGGUGUGCAGAUGUUGUUGUUUCCCAUUCCGACCAAAUCCAAUCACUUUCAAGUGUGAACAUGCACCAGGAGCACCAGAAGCACCAGGAAUGGAAGAUUUAUAA